UGAUUUUUUGUAUGAAAUAUUUUUAAAUUUAAAAAAGGAAAAAUCUUCAAUGUGAUAUAUUAAUUAAUAUAAUAAAAGUUUAUUUAAGCAAUUAGAGUCGACUUAAGAAUAAAUUCGUUUAGAUAGUGAGGCAGUAACAAAAUUCACUUGUACAGUUUUAUAUAACAGAUCUUCAAUUCAAUUUUGGAUAUAGCAACAUAACAUUCAAAGACUUCACGCGCAUCUAGUGUAUAUUAAAGUAAUUAAUUGAUAUAAUAAUACAAAUAAUUAUAAUCAAAAAUUCAAAAAAAAAGGACUCCACCGAAACAAAACGUUUGUUUUUUAAGGAUAUUAUAUCGAAACCGAUCUACAGAAAACAACGGGGCAACGCAAACAUUUUCAAAUAUAAAUAUAUAAUAAAAAUUAUUAUAUAAACGGAUCACUGUGAAAAUCAUUUUAUACCUCAUUACUCUUUAAAUUGUAUAGAAAGUAUAUAAAAUUGUAUAGAAAGUACUUAAGUGUUCAAAUUUAAUUUAUUUUCAAUUAUAAAUCGCAUUUUAUCUGUGUGUGUGCAAGUGUGUCUGUGUGUGUGUGCGGAUGUAUAUAUAUGAGUAAAACUUAGCUUCAAGCAACUAAACCCACAUCAACAAACGCAACACGCAUAACCCCACAAUAAUAAAACAAACAACAACAACAAAAACAUAGUCAAACACAAUCCCUAUAAAUUAAAGUUAGAAAAAAAAAACUUCAAAAUGACGAUGAGUACAAAUAAUUGUGAAAGUAUGACAUCAUACUUUACCAAUUCUUAUAUGGGGGCCGACAUGCACGGCCAUUACCCUACCAAUGGGGUAACCGAUCUCGAUGGCCAACAAAUGCAUCAUUAUAGUCAAAAUCCAAAUCAUCAGGGCAAUUUGCCAUACCCAAGGUUUCCACCCUACGAUCGAAUGGCAUAUUAUAAUGGUGGCGGUCAAGGUAUGGAACAUCAGGGUUAUUCAAGGCCAGAUAGUCCAUCGAGUCAAGCGAGUGGUUGUUUGACACAAGCCCAAGCGAAUGGUGGACAAAUUGUUUCACAAAAUCAACCGCACACACAAUCACAAGCUCCUCAACAUCCGCAACAACAACAACCUGUCGUUUAUGCGAGUUGUAAAUUACAAGCGGCCGUUGGUGGAUUAGGGAUGGGACCGGAGGGUGGAUCACCUCCGCUGGAAAUGUCUGGACAUCAUUUAAAUUCACAAAUGACAAUACCUCAUCAUAUGGGCCAUCCACAAGCGCAGUUGGGUUACAAUGAGGUCGGAGUUCCUGAUGUAGUUCCUGAGGUGCAUCAAAAUCAUCAUAAUAUGGGAAUGUACCAGCAAACGACAGGUGUGCCACCUGUUGGUGCGCCACCACAACAAAUGAUGCACCAACAACCGCCACAAAUGCAUCAAGGCGGUCAAGGACAACAACCCCCAACGCAAAAUCCAAAUACACAAUCGUCAAUGCCUUCACCUUUAUACCCAUGGAUGAGAAGUCAAUUUGAACGAAAACGUGGCCGACAAACCUACACGCGAUACCAAACCCUCGAAUUGGAAAAAGAAUUCCAUUUCAAUCGAUAUCUGACGCGACGAAGAAGAAUCGAAAUCGCUCACGCCUUAUGCUUAACCGAAAGACAAAUAAAAAUCUGGUUCCAAAAUCGUCGAAUGAAAUGGAAAAAGGAAAACAAAACAAAGGGUGAACCUGGUUCUGGUGAUAAUGCCGAUGAUAUUACACCACCACAAAGUCCACAAUAAAUACAAAAUAAUUAAAAACUAAAAUCAAAUAAUGUUAUCAUAAUUGUGUAUUUACUUAACAAAACAAAAGCAAACAAAAAAAUCUUUAAAUAUUUAUAAACUAUACUUUCAUUUGUAAAAAAAAAACAAAAAGAAUUUUUCAAGAAAUGACAAAAAAUAACCGUUGUUUUAUAUUAUAUUAUGUAAACUACAAAAUUUUAAUUAUGUAAUUUAAUGUAGGCAGCCUACUUUCAUUAGAAAAUACAAAACAAAAAUCUCUUAACUCUUCAACAAAAACAUCAAAAAAAAGUUUCCUAUAAAAUUAAUAUUUAAUAAAAAAAAUUAAUUAUAAAUAUGUUUUUUGGAAUUGACAUUAUUUAUAAAAUUCUUUAGUUUUUUUUCAUUGUUUUCGAAAAAUUUGUUUGUUUAAAUUUAAAAAAAUAAAAUAAAAUAAAAAUAUAAAACAAAACUCAACAACAACAACAAAACCAACUCAUGUGACCUCAAAUUAAAUAAGUUAAUAUAAUAAUUAUAAAUAAUUAAAUGUAAUUUUAAUAAAUAAAACAUAUAUAUAUUAUGUUAAAUGCAAUGUAAAUUGUAUUUAUAAGUGUAAAUUAUAAAUUAAAAAAAUGCAA